AUCGCACUAAAUUAACAGCAAGUUCCCGUCUAUGUUCUCUCUAUCAAUGGCGCCUAAAACCCUCUUUCUCUAUCCUCUCUAUCCAUUUCUUCGUCCCCUCAGUCCCCCCAAUUUCUCAACACAUCUCUUCAUCUACAAUCCCAAGCCUCUUUACAUCACCUGCCACUCCACUAAUUCACACCAAAACAAGCCUCAUUCUCAAUCAACGCCCACAAUUGAGCCCGGCGGGUCCGGAGCCGCGGCUCCGACCCGAGGAGACAUCUUCCUUGAACGACAGCAAGCUCUAGAAGCUUCCGCGAAAGUGAUGUUGGAGACUAAGAAGAUUAAGAAAAAGAAGAGAGAUAAAAUGAGUAAGGGCUCUGGUGUGGACUAUAGUUGCUAUGGCUGCGGUGCUCCUUUGCAGACGGUUGAAAACGAUGCUCCUGGUUAUGUCGAUGCGGAUAUGUAUCAACUGAAGAAGAAACACCAUCAGCUUAGAACGGUUCUUUGUGGUAGGUGCCAAUUGUUAUCUCAUGGUCAUAUGAUUACUGCUGUGGGUGGCAAUGGAGGUUAUGCUGGUGGCAAGCAGUUUGUUACAGCCGAGGAGCUCCGUGAAAAGCUGUCUCAUUUGAGAUAUGAGAAAGCUUUGAUUGUCAAAUUGGUUGAUAUAGUAGACUUCAAUGGAAGCUUCUUGGCUCGUGUGCGUGACCUUGCUGGUGCUAAUCCCAUAAUAUUAGUUGUGACAAAGGUUGACCUCCUUCCCAAAGGAACAGAUUUUAAUUGUGUUGGUGACUGGGUUGUGGAAGCUACCAUGAAGAAAAAACUUAAUGUCAUUAGUGUCCAUUUAACAAGUUCAAAGUCUUUGGUUGGAAUUGCUGGAGUUGUAUCAGAAAUUCAGAAAGAGAAAAAGGGGCGGGAUGUUUAUAUACUGGGUUCAGCUAAUGUUGGAAAGUCAGCAUUCAUCAAUGCUCUAUUAAAAAUGCUAUCGUAUAAAGAUCCAGUUGCUGCAAUGGCACGGAGAUACAAACCAAUUCAGUCUGCUGUCCCUGGAACUACUGUGGGUCCAAUUGAAAUUAAUGCUUUCAUAGGAGGGAAAUUAUACGACACCCCUGGAGUUCAUCUCCAUCAUAGGCAAGCUGCAGUGGUUCAUUCAGAAGAUCUACCAUUACUUGCUCCUCGAAGUCGUCUCAGAGGGCAAUCUCUUACAAGUGCUCAGGUUCCUGCAAAUGACAUGGCACCUGAAGUAAUUAUAUCAAAUGGCAUGAACGGGUAUUCCAUUUUUUGGGGAGGUCUUGUUAGAAUUGAUGUUUUGAAGGUCCUUCCUGAGACAUGUUUAACAUUUUAUGGGCCAAAGGCAGUUAAAACUUGCAUUGUACCUACUUGUAAAGCAGAUGAAUUUUAUAAGAAAGAAAUUGGAAUUCUAUUGACUCCUCCAACGGGAAAGCAAAUAGUUGAUCAAUGGUCUGGACUUGAAACACAUCGCGAGUUACAAAUAAACUUUGAAGAUGCAAACAGGCCAGCUUGUGAUGUGGCUAUAUCAGGUCUUGGAUGGAUUUGCGUUGAGCCUGUAGGUAAAGGAGUGGGUGUAUCAUCCGAACUAAAUUUGGAAGAAACUGAAGUUGCAAAAGAGCUACAUUUGAGAAUUCAUGUUCCAAAGCCAGUUGAGAUUUUCAUCAGGCCUCCGAUGCCUGUGGGGAAGGCCGGAGGAGAUUGGUAUCAGUAUCCAGAUUUAACAGAGAAAGAAGAGGAAGUAAGACCAAAAUGGUUUUUCUGAUACCAAUGAUAGUGGGUGGCUUUUUUGGGUUUUCACUUGUACCGAUUUUAAUGGUAGUUUUUUUUUUGGUUGGGGGUGGGGGUGGGGUCAGGGGUGUUAAUAGUAUUUAACAUUAUAUAUAAAAAGGAACAUUCAUAUAUUUUUUAGAAUAUCUGAAAUUAGAAGCAACAUGAUUGAAAAUAUAUCAUAUUUUGUGGUACAAAAAUAGACCAUUAC